CUGCCCUUCCGGUUCCGUUGGGUCCCCCUUUGGCUCGGGUACCCUGCCCCUCCCCCUUCCCGGAGCCCCGAGGGGCCGGAGCUCCUGGCGGUGCCGAAUACUGACAGCGGCCUUUCCCGGGGUCUGUAAGUGCAGAGGUGGACGGAGCGCCGGGCGGGGGUGCGGGGUCUCUCAAGAUGGAGCUCCCCUGGGGCCCUGGAUCGGCCGGGACCUGCACAGGAAUGGGGACACAGGGGCUGGCCUAGGCCCCGGGGGAGUUAAGGAGCUCUUGGCCCGGCCCACGCGGCGCCCCGCCCCUUUCCCUUCCUAGACUCUGGAGUGGGGAGCCUGACGACGCCUCAAAGACCGCCUUCUGGGACCCCAGACCAGGACCCAGGAGUCGGCUUGGACACCUGACUCUGGCAUCUUGUAAAAGGCGCCAGAGCUGAGGCCCUGGGAAGACGAGCUCCGGGACCUGGCUCAAGGCAAGGCCUCAGUGCUAGCCCGUGAGAAUCACUAGGAAUGCUGACCUAAGUUACCCUUUUUCUUGGGUUUCCCCUCAAAUCGGCAAGUGACUAUGGCACCUUUUAUAUGACUGGCCCUAUGCCAGGCACUGGGAUUCGUAAGAUAUCCUUCCAGUUUCCAAGGUGAAGUUUGGGAGCCAGAUAUAAACAAAUAACUGCUCAUAGGAUAUAUGUAUCCAUCACAUAUGUAUGGACUCCAAGGCAGUUGCUGGGAAGGCUUCAACGAGAAAGUGACAUCAGAAUUGUACUUCUUCAAGAGGAUAAGGUGGAAAACAGCUUUUCAUGCAGAAGGAACAGUUGUAAUGCCAUGGGGUAAUAACUAAGCAUAACUUAUGUGUGAAGAAAAGGAAAUGAGGAAUGUCAUAGGAUAGGAUAUGAGGCUGGGAAAGUAGACUGAAGUCUAAAUAGUGAAAGGCCUAAUCCUAAAGGAGAUGGUAUUUUUUGAAGAGUUUUGAGCAAGAGACUGUGAUAUGGUCAGAUUUGCAUUGUGCAAAACCAUUUUAUUUUGGAGGUCAGCCUAUGGAAAAAGAAUUUCCAUUAACUGAUUCUGGACUCUUUAGCUAAAGUCUAGGGACUCCUAUUAGACAUCCUUUUGAAGGGGUAGUGAGAUCAGCCUGAUGAGAGAUAAUGAAACCCUGAGAUAGAGUUAUGACCGAGUUGUUGGAAUGGAAAGGGAAUGGUGUCAACCCUCCAUAAUUAAUUGAAUGUUGAGGGAGAGAGACGUAUGGAAGGUGAUUCCUAAGUUUUAAACCUUUGCCAUUUGAGGAACGAUGAUGCCAUUAUCAGAAAUAAAAACAUAAGCUUACUGUAGAUUACAAGUUCAUUUUUUAGACAUAUUGAAUUAAAGGUUUAAAUGGGAUAUUGAUAUGUAGCUGUCCAGCAUAGCGUUGGAAAUGCAAAUUUAGAGCUUAGAGUAAAUGGGGCUAGAGGUAGAGGUUUGAGUCAUCAGCGUAGUGGUGGAAGUCAUGCGAAUAGCUGACAUCAGGAAGUGAGUGUUGAGAAGGAAGGAAAUAUUUUGGGGGAAUGGUUACAUUUAUGAAGUAGAGGAAGAGGAGCUAGUAGUGUAGUCAAGGUAAUAGCAGAAACAGAGGUAGGAGAUGACACGUAAGAAUACAGAGUUCCAACAACCAAGAAGUCCCAGAAAUCAAAAGAAGAGAAUUACAUGGAGGGUCCAUUGGGUCGAUUCAUGCAGAGUGUUUGAAGAAUGAGGGGAGAGAAGAAAAAGAUUGCAUUUCAUUAUUAAGAGGUAAUUACAAAAUUUUAGGAGAGUGAUGAGGUGAUGAUCUAUGAAAUAAUGGGCACCUCAACUGGUUUGAUGUUAAAUGAGAAUGAGAAAUGGCCACAUAUGAAGGAGUUUAUAAAGCAAAUUGACAGGCUUUGUUUAUUUACAUAACAAAUGUUUAGAGACCACAUAUUCAGUAUAGUUCUAAGCUCAUUAAAAACAUUAACUCAUUUAAUUUUCCAUAACAACUCUAUGAAGUAAUAUUACCAUUUGAUAGAUGGGAAACCUGAAGUACAGAGUGGUUAAGUAACUUGCCCAGGGUCACACAGCUAAUAAAUGAGUGAGCAGGGUUUUGAUUCUAGGAAAUCUGGCUCUGCAGUCCAUGGUUUUACUCCCUGACUAUGUAGUGACUGAAUAUGGGAGUCAAACGAGUGGGAAAAACUCAAGGACAGAUAGGCUCAUUGAUAAAAAAUGGAGAGGCUUGGAAGGAGACCCAGGGUGAGAAGAAGGUCUGCCAAAAUGUCUGAAAGAUCAGAUCUCCUUCACUUCAAGUUUGAAAAUUAUGGAGAUUCAAUGUUACAAAAAAUGAACAAAUUAAGAGAAGAGAAUAAAUUUUGUGAUGUUACAGUUCUCAUAGAUGAUAUUGAGGUACAGGGGCAUAAAAUUGUGUUUGCUGCAGGUUCCCCCUUCUUAAGAGACCAGUUUUUACUGAAUGAUUCCAGAGAGGUGAAAAUCUCCAUAUUGCAGAGUUCCGAAGUGGGGAGACAAUUGCUAUUAUCCUGUUAUAGUGGUAUGCUGGAAUUCCCUGAGAUGGAACUGGUAAAUUACUUGACUGCUGCGAGUUUUCUUCAGAUGAGCCACAUUGUAGAACGAUGCACGCAGGCCCUGUGGAAGUUUAUAAAGCCAAAGCAACCAAUGAAUAGUAAAGAGGGAUGUGAACAGCAGAGUGCUUCUCCCCAGUCGAAAGAACAGCAGGGAGAUGCCAGAGGCUCCCCAAAGCAGGACUCACCUUGUAUUCAUCCAUCUGAAGACAGUAUGGAUAUGGAGGACAGUGAUAUUCAGAUUGUUAAGGUAGAAUCUAUUGGGGAUGUAUCAGAGGUUAGAAGUAAAAAAGAUCAAAACCAGUUUAUUUCUCCUGAACCCACUGCUUUACAUUCAUCAGAGCCCCAGCACUCCCUGAUAAAUUCAACUGUGGAAAACAGAGUAAGUGAAAUAGAACAAAACCAUCUCCACAAUUAUGCCCUCUCUUAUACAGGCAGUGAUAAUAUCAUCAUGGCCUCAAAAGAUGUCUUUGGGCCUAAUAUUCGAGUUGUAGAUAAAGGCCUACAGUGGCAUCACCAAUGUCCAAAGUGUACCAGGGUGUUUCGUCACCUGGAAAACUACGCCAACCAUUUAAAAAUGCACAAACUCUUUAUGUGUCUACUCUGCGGCAAGACAUUUACUCAGAAAGGCAACCUUCAUCGACACAUGCGUGUACAUGCCGGCAUUAAACCUUUCCAGUGUAAGAUCUGUGGGAAAACCUUUUCUCAGAAGUGUUCCUUACAGGAUCAUCUUAACCUUCACAGUGGAGAUAAGCCCCAUAAAUGUAACUAUUGUGACAUGGUUUUUGCACAUAAGCCAGUUUUGAGGAAACACCUUAAACAGCUGCAUGGCAAAAACAGCUUUGAUAAUGCCAAUGAAAGAAAUGUGCAAGACCUCACAGUGGACUUUGAUUCUUUUGCAUGUACAACAGUCACAGACUCUAAAGGGUGUCAGCCACAGCCUGAUGCAACACAGGUCCUGGAUGCAGGUAAACUGGCCCAAGCUGUCCUGAACUUAAGGAAUGAUAGUACUUGUGUGAAUUGAAUAGGGGCUUCAUGCUUACUAGAACUGACUGAGAACGGGGCAAUAGUCUGAGUCUUUGUAAGAGUGACUUUGCUAGUUUGACUUCUCCAAAGUUCUGUUCAGGCUGUGGGAGCCGAGUCAAAGCACUAAUCAGGCAGCUUACCGCAUGGAAUGGUCUUGCCUUCCUUUUGCCUGACGCCAUUUUCUGUUUUGAGUUAUUUAUCUGGUGAUGUCUGUUUUCCUUUCCCAAGGAGUAUUCCAUUUGUCUACCUAACAUUGACUUGUGUUUCAGACUGACACUAUUUUAGGCUUUUCACUGGGAACAUUCUGAAGAUACCAACAAAUUAAUAACAUCACCUACUCUCCAUUAAUACAUGCUGUGCUAAGAGAAGUGAAUAAUAUUUUUCUUUGGCAGAAAAUAGGCUGAGGUAUAAGGUGAUAUUGUUACUGACCUGAAAUGAAUAUGCGGUAGAACUUCUGGUUGCCUGUUGAUGAUUCAUCUAUGUCUGGUCAAUGAACGAAUCUGCUUCUUACCAUUUGUACUUGUCUUAGAGUUGGUUAUAAAGAAGUAUUUUGGUUUGUUCUGUACUCUUUUCAACAGUAUUAUGGCCCAACUUCAUGUCUUUGAAUUGUUCAUGUAAACCAAAGUACAAUAUUUCAGCAUCACUUGCAGACACCUAGUUAGGGAUCAGCAUGAGGAAUAUAAUCAGCAGAAGACAGAAGUAUGAUUAAGCAACAGCGCUUACAUGGGGUAUUCCUGGUAGCACAUCCCACCAAGAAGCCAGAUAUUUAUAAUUAAUGUGUAAAUUACCUGUUGAUGCAUUUGAAGUCAGGAUUGCUCCAGGCACGCUUAAAAUGUGCUGAAGUAUAGUGGUCUCUCUAAAAACGGGCUAUUUGGGAGUGUCUAAACUGUUUCGGAGCCCUGGUGGCACAGUGGUUAAGAGCUAGGCUGCUAACUGAAAGAUCGGCAGUUCAAACCCACCAGCCGCUCCUUGGAAACCCCAUGGUGCAAUUCUACUCUGUCCUAAAGGGUCACAAUGAGUCAGAAUCAACUCUAUGGCAAUGAGUUUAACGGGUUGAACUUUGGUUCAAGGACCCCUAGUGGUACAGUGGUUAAGCACUUGGCUGCUAACAGAAAGGUCAGUGGUUUGAAACCACCACAGGAGAAAUACAUGGCAAUCUGCUUCUGUAAAGAUUACAGCCUUGGAAACCCUAUGGGGUGGUUCUGCUUGUCCUGUAGGGUCACUAUGAGUUGGAAUUGACUGGACGACAAUGGGAACGGGAGAACUUUUUUUCAAAGUUGAGCCGUAAGAAAGGUUAGUUAGUCCAUCAGUUUGUCCAAUGUACUAUAAUAAUCUCAUCUCCUAGUAUACCUUAAUUUCUAAAAUAGAUGAAAAAAGUUAAGCAAGUCAUAGGAGGGCAAUCAAAAUUUUGCCUUUAGAUUUUCCUCUUAAAGGUAUACAGUUGCACCUCCCCACCUCUGAUAGAUCACUAAUACAGAGUUGGUCUUCAGCACGUUAUACUUCAGAAAUAAAAGUUUGAGUGUUACUUGUUUCUAACCCACGAGUUAGAUUUAGAUAAUAAGAGUUGUAGAGUCCUUAGAGAAUCAUAAGAGAGUAUUUACUCCACCUCCUCAUUUUAAGUUGGGACAUCCAAAGCCCAAAGAGGUGGCCUGGCCAAGGUAGAUACAUUAUUAAAUACGAGCUGAUAUUUCCUCACUUAUUCCCACUAUUCUCAGCUUAAACAGAUCUAGUACAUGAUCAAGAACAAUACACUAGCAAAAAGCUCUCAACUUUGUGUUUUACCUUUGUGUAUUCCUGUUGGAAUUCUGAGACUUUGUGAACAAAAUAUCACAGAGGGAUUUAUUUAUGUUAGUUAAUUGUUUUCUGGUUAGAAUGAGUAUUACACCCUUCCCAAGCAACUGACUGAUUUGCUGGGUAUUGGUUAGGGAAGGAAAGGGCAUUAUUGACGAGUUAGAAUAAUGUGAGUAUGAUCCGAAUGUGAAACUGAUUUUGUCUGAAAACAGCAUUUAUUUAGUUUCCAUUAGGCUUUUCUGUUUUUAUUUUUGAGCUAUGAAAAUGCAUGCACAGAUAAACCAAAAAUUAGGCUUAACUUGUAUAGUCAGAGGGAAUUCUUAAAGUUGUUAUACUUUGAUGAAUUUGCAUAUGAAUUUGAUUUGAGGUAUAAUUUCUAUCAUUUGUUCAAAGAUUUAAAAUAAUCCAAUUGAGUGGUAAGACCAAUAGGUACCUUAUGAGUGAAGUCACUCAUUAUAUAGUGUAAUGAUGCCUCCUAGCAUUCUGAUUUUUAUAUGGUCCAGCCAAAGUGUACCCAUUCUAUGCAGUAGUGAGGCACUAUGUUUUGCAUUUUCUCUGAACAUCAUUUUUCACAGAGAAGUUUCAAAUUGGAGUGCUUCUUUUCCUCAGUUAUGUCUGGUUUGUUGCUGUUUCUUUUGUUGUUGUUUUUAAACUGAAGACUAACAAGCAUGGGUUCAAAUAAGAUUGGACUCUGGCUGGAGAUUGUUUCUGAGUUCAUUUAGUCAUUCAAGAAAUAUUUCUUAGGCCCUGACUGUUGCCAGGCAUUAUACAAGACACUGGAGAUAUGAAGAUAAGAUUGAUACAGUCCCUGUCCUAAUGGAGCUUAGUCUCGUGGUCUUAGUGACACAAUGUCUCAAUUUGAUUUUAUACUAGCAAUAAUAAAACUGCCUUGCUUUCUUUUGGAGGCCUGGGGGCGCAGUGGUUAAGAGCUCGGCUGCUAACCAGAAGGUCGGCAGUUCGAAUCCACCAGCCGCUCCUUGGAAACACUAGGGGCAGUUCUACUUUGUCCUAUAGGGUCUCUGUGAGUCGGAGUUGACUCGACAGCAACGGGUUUUGGGUUGCUUUCUUUUGAUUACUUAAAAUCAGCGUCUUGAUAGUUUUGUCUCAUUAAAACUUUUAAUUCUCACUUUUUGCAAAUACAAAUCACUAAAGUGAUUUAAUUUCCUCCAUUUCUUGACUGGAGAGGCAUUCUGUGUUUCUGUGAGACAUUUAAUUUUGGUGGGACCUAAUUAUUUCUCCUUGUUUAUACAUGUUUCUUAGAUUGUAUUGCAAAAUGGUCAAGUUACUGAUAUCAAAUGUGUUUUAUCAGGGAAGAUGACUUUUCAAAACUAGUCAGAUUCCUGUACAGGAGGAGAAUUUUUAAAACUUCAGUCAUUCAGCAUUCAUAUUUUAUGGAUCCCCAGGAUAACUAAAAAGGGAGAGGACUCUCUUUAUCAUAGUUGGUUAAAAAAGAUAAAUUACUGUGCUACAGUUAUGUAUUUAUUAUUUAAUUUUAAAGGCAAACUCCAAACUGAAGUGGGUCUGAGGUAAAUCAGAUGUGGUUUUAUUUGUUUAGUUUUUUUAUUAGAGGAUCUAUAAAUGGGGGUGACUAGUGUCACUGCUUCUAAAAUAUUGUCCUAAAUAACCAACCCAGAACAUCUUAUUUCAGCUCGUGAUAGCUGCUCUAAAUCUGUUGUAUGUUAGACAUACUAUGAACUACCUCUUCACUUAUUAUGGGGAAGUUUCCUUAAUAAAAGUGUGAUAAUUAAAGCUCUGGUAUCAGUGGUUUA